AUGAGUAAAGCCACGCGAUCUCCAUGGUUGAAACACCGAGAAUUAUUAUGCACUAUCACGGCAGUACAUCUAACUCAUUACUCAUAUUUCUCCACCAAUCGUGCUUUGACACAUGUCGACCAUUCUGCACUAAGAUGGUACAAGUCUAGAGAUCUUCCAUCCUCCCUUCCGACUAGAAAAGCUAUGGCAGGCAAAAAGAAGAGGAAACAAAGACCACCACAACUGCUCAGUCCGAUCGUCUUUUCGGAAAUUGAAACCUUGAAUGAAGAUUUGCCGCCCACUUCUCGUCAAAACUCGCCCCUUGAUGAAACGAAUAGUAUAAUGAGAGAAGCACGAGAAUUACCGUAUUUUGACUUUCUAGACUCCGAUCCUGUUUCCCUUCAAGUUGGUCAAACGGGACGUUCGUUUAGGAUCCAUCGAACGCUGCUUCACUCAAAGUCCUCACCAUUGAUUGCAGCCUUGGACAGUAAUCUCAAGGAAGGCCAGAGCGGCGUGUAUGUAUUUGAAGACGUGGCAGAGGGUACAAUUGCGCGAUUUAUUGAAUGGGCAUACCGAGGCGAUUAUCCCGCCACAAUCAGCGGAACCAACAUUGGACAGACUCCAAUUUUGCUGGAAGGCACGGAGACGGAUAUUGACGAGAAGCCUGAAAACACAACUCCUGAAACCGACUCGACGUCAGAGAACCACCCCCUUCUUGUCCAUAUCCGUCUAUACAUAUUCUCUGAGACUUACCUUGUUCCCGAUCUUCAACAGCUGGCUUAUGAAAAGUUGACUGCUUGCUUAACGGACUUGGACAAACCGAACAGUCUCGACACUCAACUCGCAGUAAUUGAUGCUUUACGGCUCUCCUUUCCCAGGCUCCCGCAACAUGAUAAAUUGUUAGACUGGUUGGCUCAGUACGCUGCAUAUUGUUUAGAAAAGCUCCGGGUACAAGGCCCAUUUCAUGAUCUCCUUAAAGAGUUCCCGACCUUGAGCUCCCGCAUGAUACUGUCUCUGGGACCAGCAUCGACUCCACCAUGGCGGACUACACAACCAAAAUACCCAUUUAUCCAGUACUCUGCUAAAUGGUCGGAGGACAAACAUGGUCACUAG